UAUAUGUUGAGUAAAAAAAGGAAAACAAGCCAAAAAUGUUAAACCGUAAAAGUACUAUUAUUUACAACACUAAAGUAGGCAUGAUGCAAUUAUACAAAGUGCAAUACCAAUCAUAUGCGCACAUGUCUUCAAACGUCAAAACCAGCUGUCUAUUGUUUUGAUAAAGUGGAAAAAUGUUAAUUUUAAGAAAUUUACGUUUUGUAACAAAAGUUACAAAACCUGAUGUCAAUUUUUUAAAUAAUGCUCCACGCAUUGUAAGGGAACUGCGUAGUCAAACAAGGCAACGACCUGAUAUUGUUUCUAAAGAGUUAGAUGAACCUAAUACAAAGCCUACCGCACAAGGGCACUAUGACAAACAACAUGCACAAACCGGCAUUACGGAAGCAGUAAAUAAAUAUUUAAAAGAUGAACUAAGACAGAUUGAAAAUGUUCAGUCAGCUGAUGCUACCACCACCAACAAUAAACCUACCCACAAGGAGCUUAAAAAUGUCAGUGACGAAGAGCCCGAUGAUAAUGCAUUGUCCAUUGGCGAGGCUAAGAAAGAUUACGUGCCGACUUUCAAUUUAGCAGCAUAUGUGAACAAGUCGCCAACGUUACAGCAAUUUAUACAGCUUGGUGUUGAUUUACAUAGCAUUGAAAGGCGUAAAGGUUUGGCCAAAUUUGUGUUGGGCUUAGAAUUUGAGAAAGAUGUGAAACCUUAUCUGUACUUUUUGCAAGAUCAAGGUGUUUCACCAGAUGUAUUUGGUGAAUUUAUUACAAAAAAUCCACUGUUUUUCAAAAUAGACCUAGAUGAUUUGCAAACACGCGUCAACUACUUGGAAUCCAAAAAUUUUUCACCAGAUCAAAGACAACGUAUAUUUACGCGCAAUCCCUUCUGGCUGAUGUUCUCGACGCCACGCAUCGAUCAACGACUGGGUUAUUUUCAAAAAGAGUUUCGUUUAAAUGGUGACGAUGUACGCUUUUUAUCAUCGAAACAACCACGACUGAUAACAUAUAAUAUGGAACAUAUACGCAAGUCAACAUUUUGUAUACGAGAAGAGAUGGGCUUUGAUCAAGACGAACUUAAAUGCUUGCUGUUGAACAAGCCACGUUUAUGGAUGAUGGACUCAGAUCUGCUCAUUGAACGUUUUGCUUAUGCACACAAAACUAUGAAGCUAUCGCAUGAUAUGUUAAUACAAUUCCCGGAAGUACUUUCGUCGCGUGAAUUUCGUUUACGACAGCGACACGAGUUCCUCGUUACUCUUGGUCGCGCACAGUAUGAUCCUGAGAAGGAUUUAUACAUAUCCCCAAGGGAUUUGGUCAGCGGAAAUGACUACCAUUUUGUGCGCAAUGUUGCUAAGAGUGAUCUUGAAACUUACGAACUUUUCCUUAAGACGCGAUAGUAAUUUUUGUAUACAUAAAAUUAAAAAAAAUGUUAUAAGUUAAUAUUAAAAGUUUAGUUUAGAAAAUAAUAAAGUUCGAAAACAUUAAAAGUAUUUGUCUGCAGUAUUGAGUGUCGUUUGAAAUCAGUUUGAAUUCAAGUUAAACCAUAUAUGUUUGUAUAUACAUAUCUAUACCUUUGUUGUUGUCGUCAUAGAACUCGCAUAGUUUUGGUUAAAAAUCUGGGAAGGCUUCCAUUAUGUAGUCGGAACUGUCGAGGGAACGGCUUCUAUGUACAUCUAUUUAAUAGCAUCUCAGCAUACUAUCUUCAAAUAUUUUUAUAAAGUUGCGGUUCACAAUUUAAAACGCAAAAAUCUUCCCUUAUUAUAAAUUGUAUUUAGUAGUUUUUAUUGCAUUUUUUAUAUUUUUCCAUUUAUCGUUUCUUUAUUAUAUCAAAAAUGUCUAUAAUAUAUUUAAUAAUAUAAUUAUGCAUGUACAUAGGUAUGUAAAUAUAUAAAUAUAUGUAUAUAUUAGUUAUAUGUACGAAAUGUAUGUAUAUAGGGAAAGGGGGUUUUGUAUGCGUAACGGUUCUUUAUUUAGUUUCAUAUGGUUUAUUAAAUUCAAUUGUAUUCUUUUUAAUUUUCAAAAGUAAAAUUAUAAACAUUUUUCUUGUAGUUUGGUUAUAUAUAUAUACAUAUAUAGUAUAGUUAUACAUAUGUAUUCAAAACAUUGAGGUUAUUACCCCAUGCCAUACUUGGACUAAAAGCUAAAAAAACAAACGCGUUCUGGUGGUACUGGUAAGCCCGUAUUAUGCGGGUACCAAGCAUACUACAAUUGUAGUUACAAAUAUAUGUAUAUAUAGAAAUAUGAAACAUAGAUAGUUUUAAUGAACCGUUAACUGUAGAAUGAUUAAAAAAUUAAGUCUAAAAAUAAGCUGGCGAAAACAAAAGCAACAUAUUGCGAGCGCAAGCAUAACAAAAAAAAAUGUCUAUGGUUUCAAACGUUUUUUUUUUUU